GCCGGGUGGAGAGAAGUGGGGUGAAAGGUUGUUGGGGAGCAUGAAUACUCGAGUGCUGGUGCUGUGCAAGCGGAGUGGGAAUCAUUGGUCGCGAGUCGGUACUGAUGUGCAGGACCAGCACCCACAACUACCGGUACCCCAUUCGGCCGCACAGAGAGAAUGUGGGCACAGAGGCAACAAGGCUCUCCCGGGCCAAAGAAAGCCUCAAAACGGGAGGAAUUGGAAACACUGGCCAUGAUCGCCGAACGCGGCAGGCGGUUGCCGUCUCCGGGUCGCGAGCCCCACCCAUAGACUACAGUGCGGCACAGCACUCGCACAGCACUGCAACCGGUUCUCCUCAUCGGCUCCGAUUCGAAUGGCGGAAAAGCACUCGGCAAUGUCCCCAAAUCACCUCCGCAUCAUAGCUUGCCGGGUUUCCUCUCCCGAGGUGCAGUGUUCGGUUGCAUUUCCAGAAUCACAGCACUGUGCCAGGUCCACACAAUGUCAUGGUACCGGCCAUCCAUACCCACACUUGUGCUGUGUGGUGCCGGUGAUGAUUCCCAAACGCAUGUGGUCCAGUAACUUUUCGGCAAAGGGCCUGUUCGGAAUGACAGGGAAGUCCAUCUGCCAACUCAGCCGGUCAGGAAUCGGACGGAUAGUGAGCAAGAAACUCCGGCAGAUGGGACGAAUACCUUCUUUGUCCAUUGUACUCGUAUCAAUACGAUACUGUAAGUUACCCGUUAUCAUACGGCCGCACGAGUAGAACCAUCCCUCCCCCAGAAGAAAAAAGAAACCCUACUUUUAUGAUACGGCAACAACAACAAACCAUGCCAAGAACAUUUUGGCGGCCCCCCGCGGGAGGCCUUUCUCCCUUCCAAUUCCUCCUGGGGUUCUAUUCCUCUCGAUACCCGUAUCCUUCCCAUCCAUCCCACCCUACCAAACCCACCGCAAUUGUGCAACCACCAGUGACGUCUUGUCGUAGUUUUGAGGGGUCCUUCUGAUCUCCCCUUCUCGUCCAUCAAUCCCACCGAUUGACUUUAUCCUCCAAACAUGAGGGGCGAAGUAAGUGUUCCCCCGUGCUCACACCUCAAACCAUUUUGGUGUCAGCUGCCGCACCUCACGGCCAUCAUCUGCCCGGCCGUCAUUUGUUGCUCGCCUUACCCCAUAUCUGCUUGAUUAGGGGCUAUAUCCAUCUAACCAUCACUUGUUAGGUCUGCCACAUUCACGUUGGUCAGGCUGGUAUACAGCUAGGAAACAGUGCUUGGGAAUUGUUCGUAGAAACCUCUUGAUCCCCCCCCCCCCCUCAACUUGAAUCGGCAUUGACCCAUGGGGCUCUUAUCGCUGCAGGUACCUGAUCGAGCAUGGAUUAAAGCCGGAUGGGCGUCCGGACCCCGAGAUGGCAGCAGCCGCAGAUGUUGCUGCCGACGGAUCCUUCGACACAUUCUUCUCUGGGACCGCGUCCGGCAAAUAUGUUCCCCGUUCCAUCUUCGUAGACCUAGACCCCUCUGUCUGUUCACCUUAAAGCUUAGAGCUCUGCCAUUGGUCGAUCACUGGUCACUAACAUCUCUUGUAGCCGGUUGACGAGAUCCGGGUCGGAACCUAUCGUCAACUUUUUCAUCCCGAACUACUGAUAAGUGGCAAAGAGGAUGCUGCCAGCAAUUGUGAGUUGGUUAUCCGUCCGUUUGGCAGGGCACGGAUAUUUGUUAAUCCCGGGGGUUAGAUGCUCGGGGUCAUUACACUGUUGGAAAGGAACUCUUGGAGAAUGUCCUUGAACGCGUCCGUCGAGUAGCGGGUGGCUCCCCUUGCAUCAUCGCGAGGUUCUCGAGAUCAGAAUUACUAAAUCGUCUUGCUAGAUAACUGUUCAAGCUUACAAGGCUUCCUCGUCUUCCAUUCAUUCGGUGGUGGCACUGGCUCGGGAUUCGGCGCACUUCUUCUUGAGAGCCUUUCAACAGAGUUUGCAAAGAAGUCCAAGCUCGAGUUUGCCGUCUAUCCUGCCCCCCGGGUCAGCACGGCUGUUGUCGAACCAUAUAACGCUGUUCUGUCCACUCACAGCACCAUAGAGAAUUCGGACUGUACUUUCCUUGUCGACAACGAAGCUGUCUACGACAUCUGUCGCCGGAACCUUGAUAUCCCACGACCAUCGUACGACCAUCUCAACCGAUUAAUUGCUCAAGUGGUAUCCUCCAUCACGUCCUCGCUACGCUUUGAUGGGGCUCUUAAUGUGGACCUCGGAGAAUUCCAGACUAAUCUGGUUCCUUAUCCUCGUAUGCCAACCCUCUUCGCGUGCUGGGGUUACUCUUACAACCUCUGACUCUCAAAAGGUAUCCAUUACCCGUUGAUCAGUUAUGCGCCAGUCAUUUCCGCUAGCAAGAGCACCCAUGAGUCGUUCAAGGUUGCCGACCUGACAUUCCAAUGUUUCGAGCCCAAUAACCAAAUGGUUGUCUGCGAUCCCAGAAACGGAAAAUACAUGGCCGUUGCCCUCUUGUAUCGUGGCGAUGUCGUACCUCGCGACUGCACGUCUGCGAUCGCGACCAUUAAAGCAAAGGCCACCUUUAACCUUGUCGAGUGGUGCCCCACUGGAUUUAGUAAGUUUAUCUGGGGCGAUAGGGCGAGGGGGAAACUAACCAAUUGUAAAAAGAACUUGGUAUUAACUACCAAAAGCCCAUGCGCGUUCCGGACAGUGAGCUUGCUCCUAUAGAUCGCUCUGUCAGCAUGCUCUCCAACACCACUGCGAUUGCUGAGGCCUGGUCUAGAAUCGACCACAAGUUUGACCUGAUGUACGCUAAGCGCGCCUUCGUGCAUUGGUACGUUGGGGAGGGUAUGGAGGAAGGUGAAUUCUCUGAGGCUAGGGAAGAUCUUGCUGCCCUCGAAAAAGGUAAUCUCGAACCCCAAUUGCUAGUUCCUCUUGCGUAGGACUAUUCUACUCGCUGUAAAUCCUCAGACUAACGUAUAUAUCAAUCACCCCCAGAUUACGAGGAAGUUGCGACGGACACGGCUCCCGAAGCCGCGCCCGACUACUAAUUCAAUGGGUGAGGGCAGGGUAGAACAAGACGGUCCAAGCCAGGAUAGCUAGCUCUCGCUACCCAUCUUUUAAUUUCCUUGAAAACAAGAACUUGGAUGCUUCUGUGCUUUUUCCCUCCCUCUGCAAAACCCAGUCAAUGCUCCCAUCACACACACACCCCCUCUUUAUCUUGCUGCUAUAAGGGUCGACAACUAGGCGUCUCGAUUCCACUCGUGUUUUUGUAUUUCCAGUAGUUAGCGUCUCCUUGCCAACUUCCAAGAUACCGUAUUCAAGUCUUUUUUAUAUUUUCCAGCAGGUGCUGGU